AUGAAAAAGGAAUGUAACCACAAGAAAAAAACUAUUACUUGGGAUGAAAAAAGUAUUAGUGAACAAAACAAUGAGCGAGGUACGAGGAUGAAAAUAACUGAAGUUUCAACUCCAUUCAACUACGACACAUGGGAUUCUGGAUCAGAGGAAGAUUUUAAUCUCAGAUCGGAGCAUUUCAAAGAAGUACAAAAGACUGUAACGGAAGAGGUGGUUAAUAGGUUAAUGGAGAUAAAAAAUGACGACGAGAAAAGGAAAAACUUUGAAGAACAACGUAAAAAACACUAUGAUGAAUAUAAAACAAUAAAAGCAUUAAAGGAGGAAGGGAAGCUUUCGUGUGAGGAGUAGCGUUUUCGAUUUUUAAAAUAAGAUUAAUUUG